CCCUGGGAAGUCUUGUCACCCUGUCGCAGACCGUCUGAAGUCUCAUCGUGGCCCCGCGCGUCCUCCCGUCCCGAGUCCUCGCGGGACCGUGGCGGGGCGCCGGUCCCCCUGUGCAGGAAGCGAGGGACGUCAGAGAGGAAAAGAUGAGCAAGCCUCUGACACCAUCCACAUACAUACGGAGCCUCAAUGUUGGACUCAUUAGGAAGCUGUCGGAUUUUAUUGAUCCUCAAGAAGGAUGGAAGAAAUUAGCCGUAGCUAUUAAAAAGCCGUCUGGUGAUGAUAGAUACAAUCAAUUUCAUAUAAGGAGAUUUGAAGCCUUACUCCAAACUGGGAAAAGCCCCACGUGUGAGCUGCUGUUCGACUGGGGCACCACAAACUGCACAGUCGGUGACCUUGUGGAUCUUCUGGUCCAGAUUGAGCUUUUCGCCCCUGCUACUCUCUUGCUGCCGGAUGCUGUUCCCCAAACUGUCAGCAACAUACCUUCUAGAGAAGCUGCAACGGUGGCGCAGAUGCACGGGCCCUGCCAUGAAAAAGUCAGGACAUUGGGAACGCCUAUGCCGAGGCUGGAGCAAAGCUGUGGGCCACCUGACUCCUCAAGGCCAGACAAUGAAAGCUUAGAGUUCAGCGAUGCUGAUAUUCGUUUUCACAGUUUUUCGUUCUAUGAACUGAAGAGUAUCACUAAUAACUUUGACGAGCGACCGGUGUCUGUGGGUGGCAACAGAAUGGGAGAGGGAGGCUUUGGAGUGGUGUACAAAGGCCGCCUGAACGACACAGCCGUGGCCGUGAAGAAGCUUGGAGCGAUGGUUGAAAUCAGUACUGAGGAACUAAAGCAACAGUUUGAUCAAGAAAUUAAAGUCAUGGCAAAGUGUCAGCAUGAAAACCUGGUAGAGCUGCUUGGCUUCUCAAGCGACAGCGACGACCUGUGUUUAGUGUAUGCUUACAUGCCCAAUGGUUCCCUGCUGGACAGACUGUCCUGCUUGGAUGGAACCCCACCACUUUCUUGGCACAUGAGAUGCAAGAUUGCUCAGGGUGCGGCUAAUGGCAUCAGUUUUCUGCAUGAAAAUCAUCAUAUUCAUAGAGAUGUUAAAAGUGCAAAUAUCUUGCUAGACAAAGACUUUACUGCCAAAAUAUCUGACUUUGGUCUUGCCCGGGCUUCGGCAAAGUUUACCCAGACAGUCAUGACAAGCCGAAUUGUGGGCACAACGGCUUAUAUGGCACCUGAAGCUCUGCGGGGAGAAAUAACACCCAAAUCGGAUAUCUACAGCUUUGGUGUGGUUUUAUUAGAGCUAAUCACCGGACUUGCGGCUGUGGAUGAAAACCGUGAGCCUCAAUUACUACUGGAUAUUAAAGAAGAGAUUGAAGAUGAAGAGAAGACAAUUGAAGAUUACACCGAUGAGAAGAUGAACGAUGCUGACCCUGCUUCCGUUGAAGCGAUGUAUGCUACAGCUAGUCAGUGUCUGCACGAAAAGAAAAAUAAGAGGCCAGACAUUACGAAGGUUCAACAGCUGCUACAAGAGAUGUCUGCUUAAAACCAAUGAAAUAGACUUCAUAUAUAUGUAUAUGUAUACAUUUAUGUGCGUGUGUACACAUAGUACGUGCACGCACACACACUCUAUAAGCACUUGCCUCCUCACACACCCCCCUUUUGUUUUUACUUCUUGUGGUCAUGGAGACUGAACAAGCACUUUGUCACUGAACUACAUCACCAGCAUGUUUUUUGUUUUUGUCUACCUAAAUUUCUUUAUCUUUAACAAGGCAGCAUGGCACAGUGUACUGGUGAAUUAAUGGGUGUGUCCCCACACUGCAAAAGUGAGAGUAGUGUGGCAGCACUUGGCCUACUUUGUAUGGAGCUCAUUUUCCACGGCAACAUCACCAAACUACAGCAACUACAAGAGUCAGGAAAACAGCACUCCCCUGUAGGAUAGAGACGCUAGGAUUUUAGGGGUUUGUUGUUGUUGCUGUUGUUGCUGUUGAACACAGGGUCUCUGUGUAACCCUAGACGUGCUGGAACUCUCUUUCUCUGUAGACUAUGCCCGCCUUGAACUCAGAGAUCUGCCUGCCUCUGCCCCCCGAGGGCUGGGACUAAAGGCCUACACCACCACUGUCUAGCCAGAGAUUCUGGUUUGAACUCAGUAGGUCCCACUAAAGCUCUGGUCCAGCUGUUAGCUACCCUAAGCCUCAGUUUUGGCUUUUCUUUUUUGUUAAUGAACUCUGUGGUCCUGUAAAUAACUCUUCCUAAGUUCCUGUAAGUAUUCCCCACCACCGCUCCUGUAAUCCUAAUUAAACUCAUUGGGUCACCAACGUAGACAAGGUGGACUUAGUUGUUCAGUCCUGUCAUUGGUGUCCUAAUGUGAA